AUGACUUUACCUUCGGCGGAGCAGACAUUUCCGACAGCCUUAUCACGGAAUGCGGAUUCUUGGUUGUCAAUCCCUGGAUUCUUGGGAUGUACCAAAUCUUGCAUUUUUAAUGAUCCGAUCGAAUCGGGCACAUGGUUUACUCCUAAUAUCGUACAUGGUCUUCAUGCUACUCAACUUGAACGGGGUCAGGACUCAUGUCAAGCAAUUACCCCUGUUCAACCGCCUCUCAACCAUAUGUCGAGCUUGAAUAAUAAAUCGAAAUCUAAAUCCAAUGCCUGCACGCCCGCCAGAAAUACCCACUUAUCCGUUGCUACGAAUCGAGUCAAGGGAUCUGCUCGCAUUGGCAAAACCAAAAAGCAUUCGGCCGCCAGUGCCUCUGUUAUCAGGAAAAGGGCGAGGGAACGGAGAGCGCAUCUGUUUCAAGCAUUUGCUCCACUCGAGAAGGCAAAGAAGGCUCUGAAAUCUUAUUCCAAGUCGUCCAGACACUUCAGACAAAAGUCCGAGUACUUUUUUCUUCAGUUGGAGAAGCUUAUAGAUGAGGCUAUCUGCUCAGAUGAUGCAUCUGAUUCUUCCUCAAUGUCAGAGGCAUCAGAUUUGGAGGCGGAUUCAGCAUAUGGCUCAUUUUCUGACAUGCCACUAUCGGAAGUUUCGAGCUCUGUAUUUGAGGAACAGUAUGUUCACCUUGGAAGGCAGGCUACUGCACCAUCCAGUAUUCAAGAUUCGGAACUUCAAUCGGAUGAAGAAUCACCUAGACCACUUCAGCCUUUGUCGCCUACCUAUUCAUGUACAUAUGGACCUGGAGACGAACGAUGUCCAUAUGCUACAAGCAGAAAGUCCGAUUGGAUUCGACACGAAGAAUCCGAGAAACAUUGGCCACAGAAGCGUUAUAUGUGUAUGCUCUGCGCCGAACUACAAUCAGACGACGAUUCAAAUCCUUGUUGCACUUACUGCUCUUUAGCAUUCUCAACAAUUGAGGAAGUGCGAAGUCAUAGCUUGAAUUGCAUCGAAGCAAGAAGAAAGGGAAAAACUUUCACAGGAGCAAAGACUGAUCACUUUCAAUCUCAUCUAGUCGAAGUUCAUCAUCGUCCUGGACUUGACACAACCUCUGCAGCCUGGACAUACAAUCACAAAACAAAAUGGCCAAGGUACUGUGGUUUCUGUACAUACCACUUCAAAGAUUGGGAAGAGAGAAAACAUCACGUUGCCGAGCAUUUCAAAAGCGGUGCUGAUAUCUCAAAGUGGAAUCCCUUAUUACACAAUCCCCGACGAAAACCCGCGGACGAGCCAGGCUUAUCACCAAGAAAUGACGAUGAUGAUGACGAUGACGAUGAUGAUGACGAUAAUUUGCACCAACAUGGCAGAGGAAGGUAUCCUACAUAUUCAGCUAUGCAAAGCAAUUACUCUACGACUAACAGUAACAGCAGCAAUUCUUGCGAACUAUCAAAUAAUAGCUACUUGGACUGGGAUAAUAAUGAAGGUGGAUGGGGUCAGUAUAAUUACGAAUAUGAGGAACAUUGCUCGAACUCAAUUACGAGCUACGUCAAUCGCCCUCGAAGAGGUCGACAGGGUAUGAAACGAAACAACUCUGGCCAUGAAGCCUAUGAAAACGAAUCCACCAGCAACUCAUAUUCUACUGGUGAUGAGUCUUUACGCUCUGAGCCAACAAACACGGUGUCGAGAGUCUUCCAAGAAAGCGCAGCUUUGGCGACGUUGCAAAUGGGACAGUCAAUGAUGAGUACGUGCGAAGAGAGGGAUAGUCCGAAUCACAAAAUAAGUUCGGAAAAUAUUAGAAUCAAGAGGCAGCCUCCGAAAAUCACAUUCAACUCACAAAGAAGUCCUCGAGAGUAUUAUCAUUCUCGUCCGCAUCCAGGAUGUUCAGGAGAGCUUGGGCAACCUUCCGACUGGCAGCGACGUCGGCUGGAAGUGCAUACGAAAGGAAACAAAAAGCUUCGCUUUGAAUCUCGCUGGAAACGUUGUACUGAAUGUGGUGCGCCUCUCACCAGAGAAGAUAUUUUGAGAGACUAUCGGGUUCUCGAUCGAAUGCACCACUUUAGGGACCAUCUGAAAUCUCACCAUCAAGCAGCAACUGAAAUUCUGGAAUGGCUGCUAUUUGGAACAAAUAACUCAAAGUCUGACAAUCCAUCCAGGCUUGAUCCUCAUGUCCUGGCCAAAGAAUGGAAGUUUCGCAGAGUAUUUAAGGUAUCCUACUCUGGACCAUUGCAUCACAGUCCCGGGAAGUAUAAAGAUGGGAGCCUUCUUACGUCUUCCGACAUGAUCUCAUGGAGCGAUAGUGGCAACUACGUCUUUGAUCCAUCGAAUCGUUUUUUGAAUAACAAAAAGACUUGUGGACCAGGACAACAAUUGCAAGAUCAUUUCUAUAAAUUCACACGUGAUCGGAAAUAUAGGGCGAAUGGGCAUUCUUGUAAAAGAAAGCCGGAUUGCCCUAGAUACCAAGGAUUUGAAGAACAACGUGUUUUGUGGCCAAUUUUUCUACUUUUGGAGUGUGAAAUAACGGAAAAGCAACUGACUUGGAUGAUCAAACAGAGUUUCAAGCCUUUUGGGAUUUUAUCCGACCGACCAAGAUAUCAAGUGACGAAAUUAGGUUUUCCACAAUCGGUAGCGAUUGAAAGAUAUCUUUGUGAUUUUGAUCUUUCCGAACACCUGGCGUACCUGGCUUCCCGGCAUAUUGAUGGCAAUUGA